CUACAGCCGUCGCGCCGCAACUCUAGUCCGUCUGAUCGCGAACCGCCGCGCACACGUCGCGCCAGCGUCGCGCGAUUUUACCUCUCCUCGCAUUACGAUAACGCGCCUCAUUUCAAACGUAACAAACUGUCUAGCUACACAAUCCGCUUCAUUCACACAUACCACUACGAAUCUAUUGAGUUACGAACGACGUCGAGUGUCCUAAAUUGUAAAAUUGUUUGGCGCGGUGAUCUUAAACCGGCUUCGUGACCAUAUGAUCCGCGUUGAUCUGGAACUGCACGGCUCUGAUUUCUGAUAUCCGUGCACUGUCACGAUGCCAAUCAUCUGUUGAAGGAUUUCGUUAUUGUUUACACGUUUGUGCAAAGAUGAUUCAUUGAAGUGAAACUAAGGAGUGUGCGGUGUUGUUUUGUGAACGGCUUGUGUUGGAGAUGUGAAUAUUGACGUUGAAUUUGAAAUCGGUGGUGUUAAGUCAGUGUGAUGGCUGGUGCUAGUGAAGAGGGUGGGGGUGUGGAGGAGAGUGCGCCCAGCUCGGUGGUGGAGGAGCGCGGCAAGCGUGGUCUUAGCGGGUCCAUGUCGCUGCGCACCCGCAAGCUAGGGCGGCGGCUCUCGCGCAGCAUGUCCAUUGUUGCGCUCAAGUUGCCUGAGAAAGCACAGAGCAUUACGCGAACCUCGACCAAGCUGAUGCGAUCUGCUAGUCGGGACAAGAAAAACAGAUGCUUCGACCUUUCUAUCAUACUACCGGAUAAAACACAAAAACAGGUGAUGGUAUGGGGACACAACACAGUAGCCGAAGUCGUUUGCGAGCCUUUACAAGAAGCCGGUGCUGUUGUAGCGGGCAUCCCAACAGGCCCACUAUCCGCCCCCUUAUCUGUUCCACUUGGUGGGCCACUGCCUCCACCAGAAUCUGACUCACCGUCAGCGCCACCAGCAGCUCUACUGUUCCUCGGAGGCUCCAAAGCGCCAGUCGAGCCAAGAUCCUCAGCCGCUGUUUUAGAGGGUGAAGUCUUGGUAGUGGAGUACCAACCACCACAAUGGGACGGCCGGGAUCUGGAAACCUUUAUUGCGUGGGAGAAGAUGUAUGCUUCAACUUUGUUUUCUGCGGUAGAGCUGUAUGGAAAGCCAUUGCUACGGGCAGCAGUCAUAACAAAAGAAGAAUACCAUCUCUUAUUCUAUUACUUAGAGUCAGUUUCCGAAGCCAGCGAGGCUCUGACAGAAAGAAUGAAAAAAUAUAUUGAUUCUGGAUUACUCAAUAAAGUUAUUAAAGAUGACAAUGAAGAAGAAGAUACAAAUACAUUUGAUAAAUCGCUCAUAGAAAAUGAACCAAAAAGUUUGCUUACUGAACUUAUCCAAGAAGGCGUAUUAUCUCAACACGACGUCGAUGCAUGUUCAGUAAUGACAAACUCGGAGUAUAAUGAAACACACGAUAAUCGGAAAUUAGAUGAUGUAUCUAGCGUGUCCUCCAUUAGCGCUAGCCUUCGUAAAGUGAUUGUGGAUAUUCCUAUAGAUUGCAAUGACUCAGUCGCCGAUAGCUCUAUUACAGAAACAAGUGAUAACGUGACAACAGUGUCUAUCAGAGGCGGAGGACAAUGUUGUGCUGACCACAGGAUAUCUGCUGACGUCACAGAUAAUGUAUGGGCUAACGUGAAAUGGGAUUUUCUUAACCCCAACGAUUUUGGCUAUGACCAGGUUAGAAGUGUAAAACGAAGUCGUUCAGAUUCUGCUAUUACUCCGGUUGCGCCGAGGAAAAACGAAGAGUUGUACGAAACAUUGCAGGACGUGGAAGCAGAAUCAUGUGGUAGUUUAACACCAUACGAAUCUAUUGAAGACUUGUAUGACUGCAUUAAGAACGCACAUUACACGAGUCCCGCGGCAGACGAGUCAUCGCCCUCAACCGAAGGCCAUUUGGAGCCGCAAUAUCCAGAUUAUUACGAGAAAGUAAGCACAACACGCCAGAGUUCUGCCAGUAGUGAAAAAAGCGGGACCUCAUCAGCUGCGUUUCAAUUCUCGAAAUGUGGUUCGAGUGAUUCUACGGAUGCCUUUACUUCGUGCGAAUCAACAAGUGGCAUCAGUAUGUUUACUACGAAAACUUUGCCCGAGUCCCUUAAAUGCCGAGAGUUGCCACCUCCACCCCUCGAAGAUGGCGCGAGCGAGAGCACCAUUCUUUUAAAGCAGCUUUUUAUGGGUGAACUGAUGGAUGCUUAUGGCGAAUAUCUAGCAGCGUACCCUUACGCACGGGCUCUUCUCCGUCGAAAAAUCCGUCGAGAUGAACAUUUUGCUGCGCUGGCCGACAUCAGACGCGGUGCCGCCAAGUUCACUAUCGCAGAAUAUCUCGAGCUACCGAUCGAGCGUCUGGCCCAGUAUGAGCGGCUGGUGGGCGGAGGGUGCGCUCGGCGCCGCGCCGCCCGGCUCUCCGACCUCGAGCGAGUGCAGGAUCUCUUCCCGCACGACUACCUCGCGCUGCACGACGCUGAUGCGCCCUCUGCGCUUGCUUCUCACCAUGCCCAGAAACAAAAGAGUCUUCGCAAAAGACCAAGCCUGGACAUCGGCGGGACGAUCAGCGCAAGCAGCACUAACCUAUCACCGCGAACCUUCAUAAUGGAGGCGCCGGUACAGCUGUGUCCCAUAGGCACCACCUCCCCACCGCUAGAACGUCAUUUGUUCCUCUUCAGCGACCUGCUUUUAGUCGGCAAGUCGCGCGGGACGAAUUGCUUUAAGUUGAAAGAGAGCGUCAGGCUGACAGAAGUAUGGCUGUCGCUGCCUGAUGGCGACGAUACCGGCUUUCUGAUAGGAUGGCCGACCGUCACCGGAGUCGUUAACUACCUCGCUACCUACCCCACGCAAGCUGCAAGAGAUACCUGGUAUAGGAAAAUACAAAACGCUUUAAAUGCUCAAUUGGCCACAGAACCAAAGUCAACGAAUAUCCAGAUAUUUUACAAAGAUAUGAUGACUUCAAUAGAGUUUUGUAAGACGGUGCCAGUAAGUCCAGACAUGAGUGCCAGCUGCGUGGUGCGGCAGGCGCUACAUGUCUUGCAGACUGGCUCUAGCGAAGGUGACGCGGACGAGGGUGACGGCGAAACGGAAUCAGACAGCCGGUGGGGAGCUGCUUCCGAGUUCACUCUGUAUGUGCGAACUGGGAGGGACGCUGCCCCCGUACCGCUGCGGGGCAUUGAGAGACCCCACUCUAUACAGAUGUCACGAAUACGGCAAACACUAUCCAAUGAAGACGGGUUCGAUUUGGAACACGUUAACGCCAAAAACAAUCCGUGUGGAUUAGUUUUCGAAUUGAGGAAGAAAAAUCAAGGAUUGAAAAAUGGCACAGCGACGCCAGGCCGCGGUCUUCGUCUAUUGCGACGCGGCGGCCGUCUGUUCGGAGUAGCGCUGACUCGCCUGUGCAACGGCACGCCUCCUCCCGCGCUCAUACAGAUGCUGCGACGGCUGAGGGCCGUGGCGCCUCUCACGCAUGGAGUGUUCCGACGCAGCGCUAAUGCUAAGGCGCUGAGACUGCUCAGAGAUAAGAUGGACGCGCUAGGUCCUUGGGCGGAGAGUUGUCCAGAAUUGGACCGCGCGCCGGUGCUGCUGCUCGCGGCGCUCGUCAAGGAGUUCUUCCGCGCCCUGCCGCAGCCGCUGCUCGCCUCCGAACUCUAUCCGGCCUGGUUGCAAGUGCUUAGUUUAUCACAAACAGAAAAAGUGAGUGCGGUGCGUUCAUUACUAUUGAAGUUGCCAAAGGCACACUACACCAUGCUGACCUACUUCGUUUGCCUGCUGCAAGCGAUCGCCAAAAAGUCAAACAUUAAUCUCAUGUGCCCAAUGAAUCUCGGCGUAUGUGUCGGCCCCAGUCUCCUCUGGCCUAACACUCCUUGUGAAAAAGCUCCCAAAGCAGUGCCAAUGGUCGUAGAACUACUUAUUGUGAAAGCUGAAGCUCUAUUCGGACCUCAGAUAACAAGCUUGUUGGGCAACGGCAAUCCAGAAUCAUCCAACGCUCUCUUAGACUCAGGUGCUGAAGAAAGCGACAGUCUUCAUUCUGUCGGGAUAUCUUUGGAUUCCAUGGAAUUAUCCACGCCAAGGAAAGAAAAACUGUCGCUAAGUCGUGAUUCUGGGUUGACACUAUCAGAAGAUGAUUCGAACAGUAAUGGAGGAAACAGUCCAGCCCCAAGAAACAUUCUUCAUAGCUUGUCAGCGCCAACAUGCAACGUUCAGCAAGAAUCAAAAUUAACCGUUCGGUACAAUAACGACAAUCAUAAUGUAAAUGGUUUGCCUCAAAUUCCUCAGAGACCAAAUAUUUACGCCAACAAAGCAGAUUUCUAUAGUAAUAUGAACGAAGAGUUAUACACCACACCGUAUAUCGGCGAGAGAUACGUUCACAACUCAAUCAAUAUUGGAAUUUCUAAUGGUGUGGAUGAGAGGAAUUAUGUAUCAAAACAAGCACUGCAGCGCGCCAGGGCCGAAGUGUACGCCCAGAGCCCAGCUAAAUACAUCACAGGAUUGGAACCGCAGAAACCCCCAAGAAGUAAUGUUUCCAAAGCCGCUCGGACCUCCAAGGUUUACAGUAUGUUUGCCGAAACUCAAGACGACGCCAACGUCAAUAAUAAAAACUUUAACCGUGCAAAGAGCUCCGACAAUCUCUUAGAAGCGAAGCAAGAUUCCGUCGAGAACAAACGUGACCUGGUGUCCAGUCAGGAGAAUAUUGUGUACAGCAAUAUACACGACCUCGCUAUGUUCACGGAAAAUAUUCAACGACAAAAUCAGUAUCAAACGCACGCAGAGAUCGUGGCAAAUGCAAACACGAACUACACGCGUGUCUACACCGGGUGGGAGAAGAAAAGCGCCAACUACGCAAACAAAACGAACACUGAAAAUAUAUACGGACAAAUGAACAAAAAACAGGGUGAAUCCUCGCAGAAUAAUUCAGAUGGAAAAUUAACACCGGCAGCCACCAUUUUUACAAGAAAUGACUGGUCUCGUCAAGCAGCGAGGACGAAAAGCUUAGAAGUAAGCGAAGACGGUCAUGGAAACGUUUCAGACAAAACGCGUAACGGCAACUAUGACGCCAACGUGGCGAACUGUUGUCGGAAACGACGAUUUGAUCCCGCACAUAUGUGCACCAAAAGUUGUACCGGGUCACAGGUAGCGAACACGAGGGAGCAAGACAAAACUAACAUGAAUCCAAUGCAAAACUCAUACUCUUACGUCGAAAGUGUUCAGAAUAUGUCGGAAGAGAAGAAAUCAAGGCUUCGCAACUACAACAACAACAAACUGAACCAAUCCAAAUCACUAGCCAAUAUUAUCCUGCACAGCGACUCGAGCAGUAGCGACACGUUGUAUCAACCGCAGAACUCUUUCAACAGUCGAUCAACGGAGUCUCCCGCGAGCGAGAACUCUUACGAGAAUUGCUACACGACCCAGUACAUCGACCCGCUGUACACGUCCGUGUACAACCGGCGGAGAGACAUAUUCCAUGAGGUGAAACCGUCUAGCAUGUUCUCAUCGGAUAUAUACAAAGCCACUCCUACAGCGGUGGAGCCCGAGUACCACAACUCGGACAACGAGAACAACAACAAGAAGCCCCCACACAUGCCCCCACCUGUACCGCCACGGAAAAUGGUAUAUCAGAGAGUACUGAAGAAGUUCCAACCGGUCCACGUAAAUAAAGAGGACAAGGCAUCCCGUUCAAGAUCCGUGCCUCGACUGUACAGAGAUCAACCCAACGGUGCUGACAAGAAGAGUCAAAAUGUUCUAGCUUUGGACGGUUCAGACUCCGACACCGAGUCAGAAUCAUACGUUUAAAUAAAAUUAUAGACAUACAAUUCAUCGGAUCAAAAACAUAUAAGUUUCGAAAUAUUUUAAUGGCUAAAAUUAUAUCAACAUUAUGAUUAAGUGCUAUUUCAUGUUGAAGAUAAAUUAAAUUGAAAAUUGACCCAGUAUAGCUACUACUUACUAAAUGGCACCAUUAAGAUAUUAACACGAUAUUAAAUGUAAGAUGUAUGUUGUGAAACCCGCCUCAAAAUUAUAAAGUAUGUGACCAUAACCAGAGCUGUUUUGGUGAUGAAA